AUGAACGUGAACCCACACCUUCAGUAUUUGCUGCAACAACAGCAACAGCAGCAGGCGGGUAAUCCACAAGGCGGUCAGUCGCUGCAGGCUUCUCAGUUGCAGCAGCAGCAGCAGCGCCACUUACAACAACAGAGACAACAGUUACUCAGCCAACAUCUCCAGCAAAACCAGCCUCAACAACCCCAACAGCCCCAUGGUCAGUCUACAAAUCCUUUAUUGGCCGCGCUCAAUGGUGGAAUAAACGGUCAGAACAACUCUGGGUUGGGCACACCAGGUAAUGGUUCUGCUAACCUCAACUUCAAUCAGAAUGUCAAUCCGUUAUUGCAAUUGCAAUUGCAACAAUUACAGCAGCAGCAACAGCAGCAGCCUGUGCCUCAACAGUCUGUGCCACAACAGCCACAGCAGCAGCCAGUUCCGCAGCAGCGAAUCUUCCUGAACCAGAACAUCCAGCAGCAACCACACACCUUACAGCAGCAGCAGGCUCCACUAAUUAAAGAGGUGUGGAAUUUUAACUUGGAGCAUGAGUUCAACAGCAUGAGGUCGUUUAUCAAUGACAAAACGGCCAACAUCUUCAUAUCCAUUCAUCAAGAGAUUCCAGGUAUUGUGGCUAGACCAGUGGGAACGUUCAAAUCCUCGGCCGACUACCACUUCCAGACGUUGAGAUCCAACUCAGACUUGUUGAAUCUCAUCCAAUUGUCGAUGUGCGCAGUGAAGGUGAGAAACAAUGAGAUUAGUGGAUCCGUCAUCUGGCAAUUCAACUUUUUAUACGACUUAACGAAGGAAAUGUUUAACGAGGAGCACUUAUCGAUGUUGACACAAACCUCUCAAAUCAACUUCGCUUCUCACAUGAGUCAGGGUAUUCCACACUUUGCCUUUGCAGAAUUGAUGAUUGAGAGCGGCUUGUUGUUGGAUCCAUCCAUCAACUGGUUGAGUUAUCACUCCGGAUAUGAUUUGGGCUUCCUUAUCAGCUUGUUAACAAAUAACAUCUUGCCAGGAAAUGAGCGUGAAUUCUUUUGGUGGUGCUCAAAGUACUUCCCCAAUUUUUACGACUUGAAGCAUGUUGGUAACCAAUUGUUAUCCAAUGGAACUGGAAAAGUAUCCACAAACGGAUUGAAUUCCAACAACAACGAAUUUGGAGGUGUUUUGAACGCAAAUUCUGCUAACGGUCCAGGUAGUGACUUGGGGAAGAAUCUCACUUCAAAUAACAAGCCAUCUGUGGAAUAUCUAGCAGAAGAGUUGCAUUUGCUCCCAAUAUCACCAGCUAUUCGUCAAUACUUCACAUCUUCUUCGUUGGGACAGUUCUCAAAUCAUCAACAUCAACAGAUGACUUCCACGUUGCAUGCAUACUUGUUGAUGGAAUGUUUCAAGGAGCUUUUCAGACAGACAAAUUUCGACUUGACCGUUCUUGAGAAGUUCAAGGGAUAUCUUUGGGGUUUGGGUGAUGCAUACGUACAGAUACAAGAGUCAGGUAGCGCAAGUGACAAACAAGACACCGCUGCUCCAUCGGCACAGCAAUGGUAA